UCUGAAUCUCCGCCCCAAAGUACAAGCGGCUGUUGAGCGGGUACUAAAUCAAGCUUAUGCAUGUGUGUGCAGCGGGACAGGCCGGGACACGACCGAGCGGGACAGAGAGAGGAAGAGAAGGAGGCGUAGGCUAAGAGAGAGAAAGACGACAAGAAAACCGUGGAAAGAAGAAUUUCUCGGUGAAGCCUAUGUUAAAAAGCCGUGUAUUUGGAGUGUCCAGUGAGGAAGCUGCGGGACCAGAGGUGAGCUGUCAGAAGAGAACUGCUGCGGGAAUAUAGGCAAUAGCUCCGGAGAAUCACAGGCGGCAGACUGUGGGAUCAAUCCGAUUGAAUGAUUCUAUGCUAAGCACAUUAAGAAGCUUGGUGGUGACUUCCAGGCGGCAGUGUCUGUAUCUAAUGGAGCGUCACACAUAGAGGAAGAUGAGGAUGAGGAUGAAGGUGAGCAGGGGGAGAAGUUUGAGUUUGAUGACGGGGAUGAUAUUGGACCUACAGAGAUGAGCUCUGACUCUUUGAUGAAGAGUGACUGGAACACAGAGACAGCAGAGUCAAACCUUUAUGCCAAGACAAACACAGCCCAAGAGACAGUACAACAGGGCAUGAAUGGACCAUUCAGCACAGGGCAAAAGGGCCCAAAUGUCUCACUGUGCCAAAGCCACUGCUCAGGGAUGGAGAUCAGGGAGUCACCAGAGGGACGUUCCACCUCCUCUGAUCUGGGAGUGACUGGAGAGUCAGAGAGUUUCUGGAAAGCGAGCAGUAUUUAUGAAGUUAUCCACACUGAUCCACACCACUCCACUUCUACCAGUGUGCCACCAGAAAAAAUGUCAUCCAAAGGCAAGCCUUCUCUGAUAGGAGAGGAUGAUCAAGACAUGUCCAGCAGUGCAGUAAAUGGCUGCAGCCCACAGCAGGACACUGCGGAGGCUGAGGUGUCCUCUUCAGUCAGUCCACAGACCAAUAGUACGGGGAGGUGCAGCCCAGCCAGUGUGGUCAGAGACACAGAGGUCAUCUAUGAUGAUGUGCCUGCUGAGAGCAUCCAGCACCCAGUGGAAGAUGUUGAUGACAUCUAUGAGGACAUCCAGAGACCUGAUCACUGUGGCUCCAACGGCUGGAGCUCCAGUGAGUUUGAGAGUUAUGAUGAGCUGUCUGACAGUGACACUGUUCCCCCAGCCGACAGCAGUAGCAAGUUGCCUGCAGAUGUGCUGAGGCUGAAGGAGCGUUGUGCUGUUACCAGGAAGGAGUUUGCUGUGCGUCUCAGUGUACCUCAUGUUGCCAACAUCAGACAGAGCUGUGACACUAAGGUGCAGCAGUUGAUGAAAGCAGCGAGGAGCGGUACCAAGGACGGUUUAGAAAAGACGAAGUUAGCCAUGAUUCGCAGAGUGUCAUUCCUACAGAGAAAACAUUCCACAGGUGAUGGACAGGAUGAUGCAGGUUAUAUGGAUGUGUCUGUGUGUGAGUUAAAGCACCCUCCACUGCAACUGUGUCCUAUGCCAGAGGGCCUCAGCAGUCAGCAGGUUGUCCGGCGUCUCAUCCUCAGCUCCAUCGUUCAGAGUGAAAGCAGCUACCUGGAGUCACUCAAGAGAAUCCUCCAGGAGUACCAGAUGCCUUUGCUGGAGCCACAGAACUUGACCCUAAACCCCAAGAAGGUGCGUCAAAUCUUUUACCGUCUGCAGGAGAUCCACCAGUGCCACUCAAUGUUCCAGAUCGCCCUGGCAUCCCGUAUUGCCGAGUGGGAUCAUAGCGAGAGGAUCGGAGACCUGUUUGUCGCCUCGUUUUCAAAGUCCAUGGUGCUGAACGUGUACAGUGACUACAUCAACAACUUCACCAACGCCAUGGCAUUGAUCAAGAAAGCCUGCAUGUCUAAACCUGCUUUCCUGGACUUUCUGAAGAAGAAGCAGGCAUCCAGUCCAGACAGAAUCACUCUGUAUGGCCUGAUGGUCAAACCUAUCCAACGCUUUCCUCAGUUCAUUCUACUGCUGCAGGACAUGUUGAAGAAUACUCCAAAGGCCCACACUGACCGGCUGCCCCUGCAGCUGGCUCUCACUGAGCUGGAGACCCUGGCCGAGAAACUCAAUGAGCAGAAGCGUCUGGCAGAUCAGGAGGCUGAGAUCCAGCAGUUAGCACACAGUGUGGGGGGCCGCAGCUUCAACAAGCUGCUGACCUCGGAGCAGAGGCAGCUAAUUCAGUGUGAACUGCUCACUGAAAUUGUCUAUGGUGAUAAAGGUCAAGUUCUCAAGUCCAAGCAACGAAAGGUCUUCCUCCUCAACGACACCCUGAUCUGUGCCAAUGUUAACCUGAAGGGUCCCCCUGACAUCAGCAGCCUGGUUCCUGUUGGUCCAAAGUACACAGUGAAGUGGUGUGUCCCCCUUCUGCAGACACAGGUGGUAGAGGUGCGACAGGAGGGUCUGCAGAGCAGGGACAAUAUCAUAACAGCUAGACGCCACAGCUCCACCUCCGGCACCUCUGGUAAAGUGUUUCUGGGUCCUCCUAUACUGUACCAAGAGCUGGAAGAGCUGGAGCAUGACUUGGCUGUGGUGGAGAAGGUCUCACAGCUGGUGGGCACACUACAUGGAACCUACCAGAAUCUCAACACCACAGUGUCUAAGGACUGGUGUCUGGCUCUGCAGAGGCUGAUCCGCCUGAAGGAGGAGGAGAUUCAGAAUGCCAACAAGUGUCGCCUGCGUCUCUCUGUACCAGGCAAACCUGACAAGUCUGGGCGUCCAGUAAGCAUCAGUGUCGUCUUCAACACUCCCAGUCCCCUCAGUAAGAUCUCCUGGGUGAACAGUCUUCACCUUGCCAAGAUUGCUCAGGGACGGGAAAACACUCCGGGGUGGGAAUGUGCUGAAGAAGAUGGGAAGAAAAAAGCCUCAUUUAGUUUUCCACUGUUGACCUGCAAACUUCCUGUCUUCAAAACAAACACAGUGAAGCUGGCGGCAGCUCUUCACAGUCCAUCUCAGUCCAGCCUGCUUGGUUUCUGCACUACCAGUACGUCCUUACCGCAGGGAUACCUCUGGGUUGCUGCUGGAGGAGGCAACUUCAACCAUGGCCAAGUGGAGAUCUUCUCCCUGAACCGAACCACUCCUCGUCUGGUCAAGACUGUCCCACUGAGGGCCCCAGUCCUCUGUCUGGACUAUGUGAAGGAGCUGUGUCCCAGCAAAGAGGCGAGAGAGGCUGAGAAGGUCCAGACUGCAGCCAAGAUAGGAAACAUCAUCUGUGUUGGCCUGCAGGAUGGCAGCAUCUAUGUGUACGGCAGUGUGGACACAGCUGUUCAGUGCCUGUUGACCUUGGUGAACCCUGACAGCUGUCCAGUUCUCUGCCUCAAACACUCACUAUCUUUCCUCUUCGCUGGACUGGCCAAUGGCAAAGUAGCUGUGUACCACAGAAAGACUGGCGAGAGGCUGUGGGAUGUGGACUCGUGCAGGCUGGUGCCUCUGGGCUCUGAGCCAGUCUGCAGUCUGCUGACACUUGAAGACACUGUAUGGGCCAGCUGUGCCAACCAAGUCACUGUCAUCCAAGGAUCCAGCCUCAACACACAGAGUUUUAAAGCCCACUCUGAUCCAGGCUGCAGUGUUAGCCACAUGGUUCGUUCAGGUGGGGGGGUUUGGAUGGCCUUCACCCAGGGCUCCACCAUUCACCUGUUUCACACAGAGACCUUGGAACCACUACAGGAAGUCAAUAUCUCCACCCGCACUGCCCAUCUGACACCAGGUAAAGUUUGUGUCUCUAGCUUACUGAUCUGCCAGGGCCUGCUGUGGGUGGGAACCAGCCAAGGCAUCAUCAUCACCUUCCCUGUGCCCACCCUGGAGGGCAUCCCCAAGAUUACAGGUAAGGGGAUGACGUCUCUAAAUGCUCACUGUGGUCCGGUGGACUUCCUGGUGUCGACCUCCAGCACUCUGGGUUCUGACAUGCUCAGACGGGACUCCAUCCUCAACGGCAGCGAGGAGGGUGCCAGCGGAGGAGGGGGAGGUAAAGGUGAUGGGGUAGGAGAUGAAGGAGGGCAGAGGUUGGAGCAGAGCAGCUACCCCCAGGACUCAGAAGCCCCUCCACAGAGGGAGGAGAAGCCCAAGUGUCUCCUGCUGCAGUAUCGCCUCCACUCUACCUGCCAGCUGCCUGGGAAGCUGCUGACCGCCCAGCCUGAACAGGGGAGCCUCAGGUCUUUCCCUGACUCCCUGGAGCACAGCCCAGAGGAUGGCUCCAUCUAUGAAGUGAGUGAGGACCCUGAUGUGUGGGUUCGGGGGCAGCCCGUGGAGUGGAAAGAGGGGGAGGCCAGGCGCAACAAAGUCACCUCUACAGCCAUCUUCUCUGGUGGCAGAGGAUACCACAGGAUAGGAAGCUGCUCAGGUUCCAGUGAAAACACAAUGCUGGUGUGGCAGCUUCCACUGACUCUCAGCCAAUGACAGAUGACAGCAAUCCGUUUCCUCAUUUAAUGUGGUUAUCGGUAAACCAGCUUACUUCUCAAUGUUUCACCUAGACUCAACAUCUGAUCUGCAGUCAAAGGAGCCAAGGACACAUCACCUGUGACACUUCAAUGUUUUUAAUAUCAGUGCUUUGGUUGUGACAGGUGAACACCUUCAGCAAGUAAUGUUAGCAAGCUAACAUUAAAGGUAACAUUACUUGUGAUGCAAAAUAUGCAAGUCAGCAGCUACCUCCACUAAUGUUCAUAAUCAAGAAGACCAACAAUCAUCAGCUCCUUGAAAUUCACUCUUCACACUGGACCUAAUUUGCAUUUCUGCCUGUCACAUCAUGUCAGACUAUUUUUUAACCUGUUUUUCACAGAUGUGAUGCAUUCUGACCCAGGACCAACGUGUUUUUCAAACAGGCUGUACACAUGGUUUUUGUGCAUCCCUGUCCUGAUUGGAUAUUUAUUAUAAGGAAUACUGCAACACUGUGGGUAAUGUGUUUUUUAGAGUGAGUGUAGAAGAUCAUUAUUAUUCGCAUCAUUAAGUGAGUAUGAAGUAUGACUCGAGUCAGUCAUCUACUGCUUCCUGAUGUCUUGUCCUCACAGUGAGGUUUCCAUUACUAUCGUCAUCCUUAAAAAGUCUUCAAAGGCAUUGAAUUCAUUAAUUUAACAACAAGGCCUUAAUUGGUAUUAAAAAAUCUUCUAUCUUCAGUAUCAGUCUUUCAGAGUCUUUUGGAUGGAUGGGUCGGAUGGAGUUGUGGUGAGGCUAAAGCAUUUAUGAACCCAGGGGUCGAAACUAAGGGUGGGGGCCACGUCUUGAUGAGCUCUGUGCUGCGUAAUCCCCUCAGAGUUCAUAUCAAGUAACAUCUUGUUGUGAGGCGACGGUGCUAGCGGCUGAGCCACUUUGCUGUCCUGCUGAGAGGGAAGAGAGGAGAAGAACAGGGUUUGGGGUUAGGGUUGUGAGAACUGAGACAAACAGGAGAAAGGGUUAGACACACCUAUAUAGGUUAUGGCAGCUGGUUGAAGUGAUGAGGCUCAAGUUGUUGAAUUAGUGAGAUGCAGAUGAUUUGAAUUAGGAGAGAGAAGCAUGGUCUUGUUUCUGAACCAUACUUAUAAUAACUUCAUUAAAAUUACCCAGAAAGCCUGUCAACAAAUGCCAGGUAUUUCCCACUUCUGUUCAUUUGGGCAAAAUUGUCCUUACCCCUAACUGAUGUUGGUUCAUGUUUUGUUUUGUUUUUUUCAUCAGUUUUAGUUGUCGUAAAAUGAUAUGCUGAAUUGGUCUCAGAUUUAUUCCAUUUGGCAUUAAAAAAGGCUUAAAGUGUUAAAUCAAACUUGCCUUAAGCUGUAGGUACCCUGAUCGAAUCUGUAUACAAACCAAAACCUGCACUAUAACCAAAGCCACUGCACAGAAGUGCUGGGCAUAUGGAUAAACUGUUGUCAAGAAAUAGUUCCAGCAUGCAACUUUGCCUAAAAUCACAAGUGUUAUCUUUAUAUUUCUGUUUGUGUAUGGAUUCAACAAAUGACAUACAACAUGUUCAUUUAUAAGCUAUGAAGGUGUCAGUAGGUGAACUUUGGACAGAGUCAGAUGAGCUGUUUCCCCCUGCUUCCAGUCUUUAUGCUAAGCUAGGCUAAAAACAGCAUGGGAGCUGCGCCAUGUUCUUAGUAAAUAUGUCCCCAAGUCUUUUGCUUCAUGUCAGGUACAAAGUGUCGUUGGGUGUUGGAUGAAAUGUAUUUAGACAGGUACUAUACACUGAGUGAACAUCCUGCUUUGCUGCCAUCUAAACUUUCCAACUUGUUGGAGCUGCUCUUUAAACCUUUGAUGAACACCUUCUGAAACACUGAGCCUGUGAUCCUGUCAACACUGACCACUUACAAAGUAAAACCAGCACUUUUGGUACAACAAACAUCUUGAUGUUAGACCAAGGAAACUCGCUUUUAAGUUUACAGUGAAACAGUGAGUGGAAUGUUGCAAAAAGUUCAACUAAAACUUAACUGCUUAUAAAGUUUCAUUGAAAAAUCUACAUGAGCUCAGUUGUUAUAGAAAUUACAUCAGUUGCGUUUAGUGUUUGUGUUUAAAUGUAUUAUAGUAAUAACCAGUCUGUCAAUAUUGGUGUGCAUACAAAUGUUAAUCUGCACUAAGACAGGCACCUUAACAUGCUCCUUUCAUAAUCAUUUGCCUACUUGUUUUUGUAAUAUGAAGCGAUAAUGGUACUUACAGUUGUGUUCGAAGGGUUUUGAUUUGUGAUACAGGACAAUAAUAUAUGUCACCACUGUUGCUGGGUGUCCUUUUUGUGAAACCCAUUUUAGGAGCACUGUGAGGCACAAAAAUUAAAACCUCAAAAAUUAAGUCAGGAUAUUUUCAGGAAAACGCUGUAAUGUUUUCUAAGUAGUAAUGUAUUCUAGCUUCAUUGCUGUAGCAUAUGGACUUUGUGUCUUAAAAUAUCAUGACCCCAUUCUAGGAUGUUGUUUUUUUUUUCUAAGGAUGCAUGAUAAUAUCGGCACAUCAUUGGUACUGGUCGAUAUUGGCUUUAAAUUGAAUUGACUGUAUCAGAAUUGGCAAACAUGCUUUUUCUGAAUUUGCACAAUGAAUGAAUAUUACAUAUAUUGAAAAGUAUUUUAUUUCAUGUCUCCAUCUGCUGCUGGGCCAUCACAAUAAAGUUAUGCAUGCAUAAUAUGAUGUUAAUUCCACUACAGAAGAGAUUUGAUGAUCACUAAAAUGA